AUGGACACCGGGAGCCUGGAUCUGUCUCAAAGGAUCCUGGUUUCCGAGUCUGCGCGUUCAUUCCGUCAAGAAGUAAGGGGAAACCAAGCCGAGCCGCAGGCUUGCGAUAGAGACGGUUCUGGCGGUGCGAGAGACGGGGUCCCUCCUGCUGACUAUAUGCCGACGUGCUAUUAUCCUGGGGAGAUCUUCAAGGAGCUGCUGGCGAUAGCUCCCGAGUAUCUGCGCUCUCCGGAUGUGAGCGGUCAGACUUGGGAGAACGUUAUGAAGACGCAAUCAACUCCUAACAGCGUGAAGAGGCUCCUGAGGGAGCGCCGCGGAUUUGGGGUGACUUUCUUGAUUCCUUCGGCGAGCCAAAGGCCUUGGUCGCCGCCAGUUGGGUAUCAAUUCGUCUACGAGUCCUAUUUUCGUGAUGAUACGAAGCUUUGGUUCCCAAUUCCCCGACUAGUCACGGCAUACGCGAGGUGCCGAGAUGCAGCGAAAAGUCAAUUUUUGAACGGUUCGUGGCGUAUUGCAGUUGCUUUGAUGGUUAUGGCUGCCGAGAUCGAUAUCUCGCUGAGCGUUCGUACCUUUGAAGAAUUGACGUCCGUCAGUUCGUUGGAGGAUGGCCUUCUAUCGAUAAAAAUGCGGCCAAGCUACAACGUGAUAGGGGGGCAUCCUAAUAAGACGCUCGAUUGGCAGAGGUCCUAUUUCUUUGUUAAAUGUGAUGAUUCUGCCUUCGAGGACCCUCCAGACGAUGACUACCGUGUCUUGUGGAACACUUUGCUUGCCGACCAUCCGACUUCUCGCGAAUACCCGGAAGAGUUUCUUGCGAACGCUCGUGCUAUCGCGAGACUCGCUCAAGAGCACUGGGAGAACAUUUCUUGGGAGAGGGUUCGCCGUUCGAUCGACCGUAUUUCCAGGAGGGAUUGGGAUUCGAGUUACCUUCCGUCGGUUAACAAGACCAAGAGACGUAUUUCGCUGUUCACCGGUGAAGAGCAGAAGAAAAUCAACGCAGCAAGGAAGAUGAGGGGCCUUCCGGACCUGAGCGCUAUGAUGGCGGGAGAGCUUGGCUUGUCGCAUGCCGAGCCAUUGGUGCCUCCCAACGAGUUGGCGACUGACGACGUGAACCUCGCGAGUUAUGACCAUCGCGAGUCCUCGCUUGGUGUUGUUGCCGCUGCUCCUAAGAAGAAAAAGAGCAAGAAGAGAGCCCAUGACGAGCCGCCUGUCAAUGAUGAUCGCGAGACUCUUACAGAGGGAGGCGAUCGUUCGGAGGGUGCAGAGCCGUCGACGAAGAAGAGAAACGGAAUUGCUUCCCCCUCUGCUCCAUCUGAUCCGACUGACGGGCCCUCUCUCAACUUGGCCCUAGCGGAUGAACCUCGAAGCGUCUCACCCGAGGUUCCGCUUCAGAAGAAAAGGUCGAAGCAAACUGGUGAGCAAGGGACGACCAGGCGCCAAGUUUCCCCCGUUGCUAUUUCAUCGAACCCUGGGACGUCGGUCCCCGGUCCAUCGUCUGGUGGUAUUCCGGUCGUAAGGAAGACUUUGAGAGUCGAGUUUCCUGACCGUGUUUUGUUUGAGUAUGACGGGCCAACUCCUCUCGUCUACGCUCCUCACAAAUGCGCAGAAUUGGUUAGCCAGAUCAACUGCGGCCCAAAGCCCUUUCCGCCGGUCGCUGACCUGAUCUUCAAGGAUGAGUAUGUUGACGCCGCUCGCACCAAGUUUGUGACGGGGUUUCGAACUUCGUCAUCGAGAAAUAUGACUCUGCGCUGA